AUGGCGCCUGCUUCUGGGUUGAAUCCACCGGAUGUGACGUCACAGAGGCGGCAUGAUAAAAGUGCCCAUGCACCAAUUCCUUUUCCUUCCUUCCAUCAUUCUUUCUUUCUUUCUUUUCAUUCUUUUCUUUUCUUUCUUUCUUUCUUUUUUGUUUCUUUUCUUUCUAUCUAUCUUUCUUCUUUCUUUCUUUCUUUCUUUCUCAAUACAUAUUUAUCUCUCUUUUUAUGUCUUGCCUUUCAUUAUUUAGACUUCUUUCUAUCUUUCUUUUUUGUUUCUUUUGUUUCUUUCUUUUUUUCUUUCUUUCUUUCUUUCUUUCUUUCUCAAUGCAUAUUUAUCUUUCUUUUUAUGUUUUGCCUUUCAUUAUUUAGGCUUCUUUUUUUUCUUUUUGUUUCUUUUCUUUCUUUCUUUCUUUCUUUCUUUCUUUCUCAAUACAUAUUUAUCUCUCUUUUUAUGUUUUGGCUCUUAUUAUUUAAGACUCUCAUUUCUUUCCAUCUUUUUUCUUUCUUUCUUUCUUUCUUUCUUUCUAGCUUUGAUAUUUUUUUUAUUUCCGUGCUUCUUUCUUUCUUUCUUUUUUGUUUCUUUUCUUUCUAUCUAUCUAUCUUUCUUUCUUUCUUUCUCAAUACAUAUUUAUCUCUCUUUUUAUGUCUUGCCUUUCAUUAUUUAGAUUUCUUUCUUUUUUUGUUUCUUUUCUUUUCUUGUCUUUCUUUCUUUCUUUCUUUCUUUCUUUCUUUCUUUCUCAAUACAUAUUUAUCUCUCUUUUUAUGCUUCUUUCUUUCUUCUUUUUUUUGUUUCCUUUCUUUUCUUUCUUUCUAUCUUCCUUUCUUUCUUUCUUUCUUUCUUUUUCAAUACAUGUUUAUCUCCCUUUUUAUGUCUUGGCUCUUAUUAUUUAGGACUCUCAUUUUUUUCCUUCUUUUUUCUUUUUUUCUUUCUAGCUUUGAUAUUUUUUAUUUCUGUGCUUCUUUCUUUCUUUCUUUCUUUCUAUUUUCCUCUCUUUCUAUCUUAAUACAUAUUUAUCUUCAAGUUUUGCCUUUCAUUAUUUGGGUCAUGAUUUUCUUUCUUCUUUUUUCUCAAUCUUGCCUGUUAUUAUUUACGCCUCUUAUUUAUUUAUUUCCUUCUUUCUUUCUUUCUUUCUUUCUUUCUUUCUCAGUAAUAUUAAUCUAUCUCUUCGUAACAUGUCUGCUAUUGUUUGAGUCAUGUUUUCUUUCUUUCUUUUUCCAUAUUUAUCUUACUUUUUAUGCUUCUUUCUUUCUUUCUUUUUUGUUUCUUUUCUUUCUUUCUUUCUUUCUUUCUCAAUACAUAUUUAUCUCCUUUUUUAUGUCUUGGCUCUUAAUAUUUAAGAGUCUCAUUUCUUUCCUUCUUUUUUCUUUCUUUCUUUCUAGCUUUGAUAUUUUUUUAUUUCUGUUCUUCUUUCUUUCUUCUUUUCUUUCUUUCUUUCUUCCUCUCUUUCUAUCUUAA